UGUUCUAGUGGGCCUGUGUCGAUAGGUGUCGGGCUAGAUCAGGCCUUAGUCAAUGUUGGUCAGCACUCCAGUCCAAAGGCUGCGCAUCCCUCCACCAUAGUUGCUGUGAAUUUUGUGAGAAGAACAAAGGGCGAGGUAUGUGCAGGCCAAUUCCGCAGCUAGUAGAUUGGAAAACCAAAGUUUAAAGUCCAAUCUGGUUGGCCACAUAGCAAUGGAAGCCUAAGUUAGCCAUUCAGGCUCCUGACUGGACACAAGCGGAACGGACUGUGGGUCAUAUAUGUCAUGACAGCCAUGACAUGACCAAUGGCCAAUCGCACUCCUGUGAAGAAAAUGAAACGUCUCGCCGUCUCGCAACAGACAGACAGCAGACAACUGCGCAGGGACUUCACGGUGAAACCAUGUGAAAGCCUGAGCAGCCGCAGACAAGGAUCACAGCGCCAAGAGGACAUGGAGAUCGCAAUAGGCAGCACCGAGGAGCUGCCAGGAGAGCUUGGAGAGCAAGUGUCACCAAAAGCUGAGGCGCCGAGUGAACAUCGGUCACUGGUGGCAUCUUUGAAAGAGAAGCAGUUGGAAGAGCUACGUGCACAAGUCGCAAGGUGUGGCACACGAUGUGGCAAGCUGCAUCAUGAACAUUCGUGGCAAUCCAGGAACUUCGAAGAUGAGCUAGCUUGGACCGUGCAGCAGAUGGAGAUGCACCGGAGGCAAAUUGAAGCCCACCAGCGUCAGCUCUCUAUCCUGGAACGUCGCCAUGCGGAGAUUGUGACGGCACUGGCGAGUGGAGGAUCAGGGGGGUCAGUGGGCAAGCUGUUUUGCAUGGAGGACAUGCUUGGAUCAGAGGUCGCAAGCACCAGCAGCGGCAAAAGCCACAGCACUUUGCUGGGCUUCACCAAUGCCAUGGCCGCAGCUGAAGCCAGACUUGGUCAGAAAGACAGACGUCGAGACUCUCGAGACGCUCGAGACGCUCGAGAUCCUCGAGAUCGUGAAGUUCAGCCAGGUGCUGCCGUAGGUGCUGCCGUAGGUGCUGCCGUAGGUGCUGCCGUAGGUGCUGCAGGUGCUGUAGGAUGGAAGACAGUCUUCAAAGCACACUGGCCGUCCAGAGAUGAUGCCGGAACAGACCUCCGAUCAACCUGCAUGAAGAAUGAAGAGCCAAGCACCAAGCGACGAAAUCAAAGGACCCCUGAAAUCACCAGGUUUGCAGUGUUGGACAUUCUAAGUCUGGCAGUGGGCUGGGACUCCUUCGGUGAAUUGGAUGCCAUUGGAUGCCAGAAGCUUCGUACUGGGCUACAGGCUGAAGGAGCAGAUGCCAAAGGCGGUUUGCUUUCCGUGUCACACUGGGCGCGGCAGUAUGCCACCAAGGCAACGCACCCCAGAGAGUAUGCGAUUUGGAAGAAGUUGGACCGAGAUCGUAGCGGCUUUCUGACUCAUGAUGAAAUCAGACAUAUGUGCAAGAAGUUUGAUGCUUCUGAGCAUGCAAGGGUGCUCAGUUGGAUCUUGGAUCCUGACGGCAAAGGAGGCGUCGACUUCUCAGGCUUUUGUGAGAAUUUCAAGGCAGUGCAAAUGGUCCGAAACGCGGCAAGACUCAAAUCCUGGCACCGAACGUUUGGCUUGGGUGUCGCUGGAAAUGUGGCUGGACACAUGCAACAAGCUGGUGAAGCAGAUUCCAGCCACAGCUCAAACAUGCCCGCAGCUGUUUUCACCUUCUACGCGCCUCAUCCUCACACAGUGGAUGCCUCGGAGGACGAAGUGCUGGGUCGCUUGCAAAAUUUCCCAGUGAGCAAUGCCGUCCUUGAUUUCCCCCGCUUUGGAGGGAAUGUGCAGGUAGAGCCUGAGAUGGGAUUGCUGUGUGACAUAGUUUACACCAGGGACGGAUCGGCUGUUGAACGAUUGGUGCCGCGUCGCGUGGCUGCCUUCAAUGAUUGUUCAAUCAGACAGCUAGAUGGUUCAUCAAAGUUGAGUGAGAAAAAGAAUUGGGGUGCAGGGAGCAAAGGCAUUAGCCUGAGAAGCUUCCGAGUGAACUCCAUUUCCCAGGGAAGCUUUGUGGAUCAACUAUGUUUAGCCUCGUACAUUAAGCGCGGAGAGGACACCUUCCAGUACAGUGUGCCAGCUCCUGCAAGGAACUAUCUUCUUUUCCACGAUGCUUUGCUGGACUGGAUUGUCAACAGCAUCAACACACAGCAAGAUACUGACAAAUGGGAGGAGAUUUUCCCGCGCCUUGUUGAGAGUGACUAUCCAGUCUCAAUGUGGAUAGCGCUUGGGGCAGGUGAGUACACAGAGUGGGGCAACCAGAACUAUUUACAGCCAAAGGAUCAGAGCCUUGUCAUGGUGUAUGACGAGGAGAUCUUCCCCAAUGGUCCAGAUGAGGGGAUUGUCGAAACACUCUUUGAAGAGGGCGACGCUAUGCUUUUGCAAGCAGCAGGGAAAAGAGAUAGGCCGCUGCAAAGCAAUCGCUUGACUUUCGGCUCCGAGCUGGGGAAGAAACUUACAGGCUAUGCUGGCUAUGCUGAUCAGAAAUUAUGGGAGGCCUUGACACCACUGACCAAGGUGCUGGACUUAGGCUUCGGGUUCCUGCUUCCGCGCGUGGUUCUUGUCAGGCCGCGAGCUGAAAAGGCAGCCGAAGCAGGACAAGCAGGACAAGCUAGCAGCAUAGUUGUAGGCUUUCAAGUCCAUGAGAAGUUGGAAAAAGGUACUCUGGGUGCUGCCAAGCUCUCAGCUGAGAGGCUGCGCUUCACAGAAGACCUGGAGAUUCUGAAUCCAGCCUUGCCUGUUGCUUAUUCUCGCAGAGAUGGCUGGGCAGAAGUGAAGAAUGUUCGAAGCUCAGGAAUGCUAAGCUGGGCCAAGUUCAAAAAGUGUUUGGGGCAGCGGUUCUUGGAAAGCCUUGGAGAUGAGGUCGAUCGCAUCGUGAUAUUUCUAGAUGCAUCGCAGAGCAUCGCCCUCAGGGCCAUACGUUCUGCAGUCUGUUCGGACUCAGAGUCCCCUGAUGCACUGCUAACGUUUGAAAGGGCCUUAAAUCAUUCCACUGUGUGGAGCGUCGGGGUUGCUAGACGGCCUGAGGCAGAGAACCCCCACCUUCACAUUGAGGUCCUUGGAAUCCUGAGCUUGGCUGGCUUGGCUGGCUUGGCUUCCAUAGGAAGUUGA